CUCAAUAUAAUAAUUCUGAAGUAACUUCACUAGUGAAUCUUGAAACAACAUUAUCAUCGAAUCUUGAAGCAACAUUAUCAUCGAAUCUUGAAGCAACAUCAUCAUCAAAUCUUGAAGCAGCAGCAUCAUCGAAUCUUGAAAGAACAUCGUCAGCAAAUAAAAACAUCAAAAAGGCAAGUACAUAUAAGUAUAAACUAAUGUCUACAAAACAAGUAUCAAAAAGUCCAAAACCUGCUAAAGUUAUUCGUAAAAAUCAUAAAAAAAUACCAAUUACUGAAUUUGUCGAGAGUUUAACUGCAGUCACACCUGAUCCUGAUGACAGUCUGAUCUCUAUAAAUAUUAUGGAAGGUGAUACUGAAAAUUCUGUUGGAAAAAAUUUAGCCAUUCUGUUCAAGGAUGCAUGUGAAGCUGAAAAACAAUUAAUUGCAAGUGGUAUUGCAAAUAACCCAGCAAGAAACCAAAUUUACAAGGAAAUAUUAACAUUCAUUUCAGGAAUUACUGAAAACAAUUUAAAACAAAAAAAACACAAAGCAAGA